GAUUCGACUGAGAUCAAUUCCGGAGUGUCCAGAGUAAUUCAAGUGAUGGAAGAUUAUGAUCUGACCAAAGAAGACUGGGAUUCCAUUAUAGAGGUUGGCCAGUUUGAAGGCCAAAGAGAUCCUGUAGCGUCAAUCCCGUCUAAGGUGCGUAUCUUUUUUUAUUCUAAACUUCGUUCAAGAUUUUGAUAAUGUGAAAGGAUUGUAGGGCGCCAAUCGGCGACAAAAUCAGUUGAAGGACUUAUAUGCCCUAAAGGGCCAUCUAGACUAACCACUUCGAAAAAAAAAUGUAAGAUUUCCCUCCCCACCUCCUCUAAGCGAUGUUGUGCCGCUGUUCAAGCUACACGUAGGAAGUGACAUUCCACUCAGCUUGAAAUGGGGGCGGGGGAAUGGAGGGAGGAUGCGGUUUGUUUGUUUAUUUCUUUCUUUUUGUUUCUUUUUCUGCGAAGUAAACACCAUUCGUAAUUGUCGCAAAAAUUUUGUCGCCGACUGUUUAUUCAAAGGCUUUUCGUAACUUGCACUGAAGGAGAGCGACAUCAUCACCCCUUCACUCCUAACCAUGGCCAAAAAAAUUGACUUGAUCAAGGAAACCCAGCUAGUGUAUAUAAAGAAGGUUCAUGGAUCGCGUAGUCGCUUUUUCCUUAUCGAAAAUUUUACUGUGUUGGGUCAGUUAUAUUGGGUUCCGUUAUGUUCACCGUUAGCUAUUUAACGUUUCUGUGUAGGUAAAAGCGGCGUUUACACGCUCAUACAACAAGGAAAAACAUAAAACGCCGUACGCCAUCCGCGCGGCGCCAAAGAAGGGAAGAAAGGGCGGCGCAGGGGAGGAUGACCAAGGAAUGGACGAAGAAGGCCUUGAACAAGAAGGCGAGGAAAAUAGUCAAGAGAAGGAUGAUAUUGAGAACGAUGCAAUGAUCAAGGCUACUAAGAAACCAACCAAAGGAGGGAGCGCAAGAGGAAGAGGAGGGAAGGGAAACAAAGAUGCUGCCAAAGAAACGACGAAGGGCAAAGGAAAGGGAAGAGGAAAGAACCGAAAUUAA